CAGGAGCGCGGCGCGGGCCGGGGUCGCGGCUGCAGGCGGCGGAGCUGGAGCCGGAGGCAGCCAUGUUCGCGGGGCUGGGGCGCUGCUUCGAGGAGGACCCGUUCUUCCGGGAGCCUUUUGCUGCACAUCAUGAAUACAUGCGUCAAAUGAUGAGAAGCUUUUCUGAUCCUUUUGGACGAGAUCCAUUUCUCAGUAUUACAGAUGGUGGCGAAAGAGGUCUAGAUCAAAGAGGACGCUAUGAUUCUCAGGUUGCUCUGAGGGGGAAUCAGAGAGCCAUGAGUUGUUCCCUCGUGCCCUUUGGCAGCUUUGGUAAUAUGGAUUCAAAUUUAAGGGACCCUUUCUUUGCAAUGGACAGAAUUAUGUCAAAUAUGAGAAACAGCAUGCUCGACCUGCAAAAAAAUUUUGAUGAACUGUCAAUCAAUCCAGAUGCCCACACAUUCAGAUCUUCCUCGGUAAUGACCUAUUCCAAGAUAGGUGAUGAACCACCAAAAGUUUUCCAGGCUUCAGCUCAGACCCGCACAGCUCCAGGAGGUGUUAAAGAAACUAGAAAAGCCCUUAAAGAUUCUGAAAGUGGACUGGAAAAAAUGGCUAUUGGUCAUCAUCUUCAUGAGCGUGCUCACCUCGUCAAAAAAUCCAAGAACAAUAGAACUGGUGAUGAAGAACUGAAUCAGGAAUUCAUCAACCUGGAUGAAUCUGAGGCCCAGACCUUUGAUGAGGAAUGGCAGAGGAAGAUUACAAAGUUCAGGCCAUCUGGACCUAGAGGCAAUUUAGAUGCCCCAAAGCAUAGAAGUAUCCAUUACAUAAACCAGGAGGAUGAAGCAAGAAGGGAGAAACCCCAUCAAAAAACACCAAUUGCAGGUUCCAGAAGACCUAAAGCUGCUUUGGAGAGCCUCAAUGUGAAGGGAUCUCACGUUCCCAUCAGAACCAGCAAAAAAUAAAUGGCUUGCAUACUCAAUUGUAUGGAGUGUCUUCAGAGAAGAUAAUAGUGCUGGAUCACACACACACAUGUAUAUAUACUUAUAUAUAUAAGACCAAUCUCUAUUCUUGUUCUUUUUAAGCAUUAGUGUGCCUUGCCACUCCAUUCAUUUGAACACUGAAUGUUCUUGGAAGACUCUAGUUGCUUGGUGACUGCACAUCUUUUUGAGUAGUAAAAGAAAAUAUUUAACCUUAAAAAGCACUUUAAAAUAGGUUUAUUACUCUCUUAGUCUAUUUUAAAAGGUAGUACUUUGCCUUCCAAGCUUUUUUUUUUUCCUUCAAGUGCACUGAUCCCAAAAGGCAUUUAUAGAUGUGCUCUGGGGGUGGCAGGGUGUGGGGAGGUUGUUGGGAGCAGUACUUCAAUUAGAGCAGCUCCAAGAGCCGCUCUAAUUAAAGUGCACAAAGCGUUGAGUGUAUCGGCAUCCCCUGGCUGAAAAAUGGUGGCAAGUUUAGCUUAACUAAAGCACCCUCACUGCCACUUUUCAGUGCAGGGAUGCUGAUGCAUGACGCUGGAGUCUGCUGGAGCGUGGUAACUACCAUGCUCCAGCGGACUGUAUUAAUAGAGUCUGCCCCGACGCACUGUAACUACAGUGCAUCAGAGCAGCCUUCCUGCACGUGUAUACGUGUCCAAAGUUUUUGGCAAGCUUGGUUAUGAAACUUACCCAUGCAAUACAAUUUAUAGAGGAUUUUUUUUCUUGUGGCUGAAGCAAUACUAGUGUGGUUCUGGUGAAACACCAGUUUAAUCACAAAUGCUAGUCAAUAAUAGCCAACAUGCUUAUAGCUUUAAAAUGGAAUGAAAAUUACGUAAUGUUACACUAUGUAAAUUACCAGACUCAUAAGGAUUACCUUUAAAACAAUGUGAAGAGAUUUUUAAAAAGUCAUGUAGUUCUUAUUUAACAACGUUAUUUUAAGUUUUGUGGGUUUUUCCAAUGUUCUUAUCCUUUACUGUCUAGCUUUUCCAUACUUUCUAUACGUACCUGACUUUGAUUUCAUUGUCCCUCUGUUAUAUCUGCUCUGUAGCUUUAUCUGCUAUGUAUACUUCUUUUGGAGGCAGCCCACUUUUUUUUUUUUUUUUUUUUUCCCACCUUGAUUCCCCCUUCUUUUGUGGGAAUAUACUGUGCAUUUUGUUUUUAUUUUCCCUUGCAAGAUGAUUUGGCUAUAACUCUUGGAGUUCUUGACCAGUCUGAUCUGUGAGAGUCGAGCUUAGAAUCUUUGGUCAGUAGAAGGUAUAUUCAUUACGUGCUAAAUAAAUAAUUACACCAUUCCCUUUCUAAAUGAUUUAGUUUGAAAAAAAACUCAGGUCUAUCCUUAUGUGCAGAAAAGCAUUUUCUGAUCCAUCUUGUCUCACUGGCCUUUGUAUUGGUUUGUACUCGGAUCUCUUAAGGUAAAAGGAUCUGAGAUCUGGUAAAUUUUUUUUAAAUUUUUCAUUUUCCUGAAAACUCUUUAUUUCAGUGUUCUUUGUUUCUUUGCUGUUUACUUUCAAGUUUCUUGCACUUUGAAGUUGAAGAAGUCCAGCUGUGUGACUGGGAAAAGGAAACUUCUCCAUCCACGUUAUCUGUAAAACUUCUGUAUGCAACUUUUUUCUUUGAGUCGCAGAUCAUAUGUAAACAUAUGCCUGAACAAUUAAUUUAAAAAUAAAUAAAUGACAGCAUUUUAACUUC